CUGCCCGCGGGGAGAGCAGCCGCCGAGCGGGCAGCGAUCGCGCCCCGGCCCCGCCGCAGCCCGAGCCCCGGGCGGCCGCCGCUGCUAUGCGGCUUCACGGCGCUCGGCCUCCACCGGGUUUGCGCCGACGCGUGCCAGAAGCUGAGCCAGAGGAGGACUGAGGGACACCAGGCUCCGAGCAAGGGGGGGGGACACCGCAUUGACGCCAGGAGGAGCCCGGCUGAUGCCGGAGGCAGCGAUGUUCCAGGCCAUAGGUGCUGCCUGUUGAGCCCAAGGAGGCUUCGGACGCAUUCACCGGCAGCACCCUGACCCCGGGAGCCCUCGAGUGAAGGAGGCAUCAGGGCAAGGCUGAGGGGGGCCGGGGGCACAUCCUGCUGCCCUGCCCUGCCGCUGGUGGCCAUUCCUGCCCUGACACCCACCAGCGCUGCAGCCCCUCGGCCACCCUCGCCCCCCUGGGCAGCCCCAUUGCAGGGCUGCCCCCCGCGGCGCGGCCCAGCCUUGGAGCACAGCAGCGUGCCGGGCGCUGCCCCCCGCGCCCCCCGGGUGCUGCCCCCCGGGUGCGUGGCCCCCCGUGCCCCCGGGGACCCGCCGGCCGCCGGCAGAGCCAUGAAGCUGCAGGCGGUGAUGGAGAACCUGCAGCGGCAGCAGCGAGCGCGGCUGCAGCAGGCGCUGGAAGCGCGGCAGCAGGAGCAGCAGCAGCAGCAUCGCUCCACGUCCCCCCCGGCACAGCCCCCGUCGGGCCCGGGGCAGCCCCCAGCCAGCACCCCGGCCCGUGCCCGCGGUCAGGAUGCGGCCCCGGCGCCCUCGGAGGAAGGAGCGGAGCCCGAGAGCGCGCACAUGCAGCGGGCACAGAUGGCCGCGCUCGCUGCCAUGCGGGCGGCAGCCGCCGGCCUGAGCCACUCGUCCAGCCCUGGGCCGUCGGAUGAGAGCCAGGCCUCGGAGGAGGAGGAGGAGGAGGAGGAGGAACACGGCGAGGAGGAGGAGGAUGGCGGGUACCAGCAGGAGGUGGGCUCUGAGGAGGAGGAGGAUCUGAAGGGCAAGUGGGAUGAAGAUGACUUUGAAGAGGACCUGGGCGAGGAGGAAGAGGAAGAAGAGGAGGAGGAGGAAGAGGAAGACUACGAGGAGGAGGAAGAUAUGGGAGAGGAAGGGCUGGGCUCGGCAGAGGCGGUGCGGGCCGGCGCGGGAUCCCUGCUGCUCCGCAAGCCGCCGGCACCACAGCACUACCGGGGCGAACCGCAGCGGGUGCCGGGCGGGCAGGAGCGGCUCCCCCCGGCACUGGGCCACGCGCAGCCCCCGCCACCGGCGCCUGACCAUGGGGACUGGACCUACGAGGAGCAGUUCAAGCAGCUGUAUGAGCUGGAUGGUGACCCCAGGAGGAAGGAGUUCCUGGAUGACCUCUUCAGCUUCAUGCAGAAGCGAGGGACCCCCGUCAACCGGAUACCCAUCAUGGCCAAGCAGGUGCUGGACCUGUACAUGCUCUACACGCUGGUGACGGAGAAGGGCGGCCUGGUGGAGGUGAUCAACAAGAAGCUAUGGCGAGAGAUCACCAAGGGGCUGAACCUGCCCACCUCCAUCACCAGCGCUGCCUUCACCCUGCGCACCCAGUACAUGAAGUACCUGUACCCCUACGAAUGUGAGAAGCGAGGGCUGAGCAACCCCAACGAGCUGCAGGCGGCCAUCGACAGCAACCGGCGGGAGGGCCGGCGGCAGGGCUUCGGCAGCUCCCUCUUCACCUACUCCCCCGGCAGCACCCAUGGGCUCCUCUCCUCCCCGAAGCUGCCGGUGCCGGCGCUGGGGUUGGCCUCUGCCACCAAUGGCGGAUCCAUCGCUCCCGUCCAGAAGAUCAAGAAAGAGGAGGACUCCCCCAUCCCCAUCUCCGUGCCCAGCCGGCUCCCGGUGUCGCUGGCCGGGCACCCGGUGGUGGCAGCGCAGGCGGCUGCGGUGCAGGUGGCGGCGGCGGCUCAGGCCGCGGCGCUGGAGCAGCUGCGGGAGAAGCUGGAAUCGGGGGAGCCCCCGGAGAAGAAGAUGGCGCUGGUGACGGAUGAGCAGCAGCGGCUGAUGCAGCGGGCGCUGCAGCAGAACCUCCUGGCCAUGACAGCCCAGCUGCCCAUGAGCAUCCGCAUCAACAGCCAGGGCACCCGCUCGCCAGAGAACCGCCAGGACUCGGCCACCGGCCUGAGCAGCAAUGGCACCAACAGCAUCAGCAUGUCGGUUGAGAUCAACGGUAUCGUCUACACAGGUGUGCUGUUCGCCCAGACGCCCGGCCCUUCCUCCUCCUCUUCCUCCUCCUCCUCCUCGCUCCCUUCCUCUGCCUACAGCAAAGGCAAUGGCGGUGGUGGCGGUGGCAGCCGGACCAGCGGCAGCGGUGGCAGCGGGGUGGGCAGCAGCGGUGGCGGCGGCACCGCGGCACCGACCAGCCUGGCCAUGCCCCCCACUUCUACCUCAAACAACGCUUCGCCUUAAUGAACACCCCUGCACCGGGACCUCCUUGGGGUCUCCUUGGGGUCUCAGUGGGCUCUGCCCAUGUCCUCGUGUUGUUGGGUUUCCCUUCACAAGCCAGAAAAGCUUUAUCCCAAGGGGGGGUUUUGCCGGAGCCGCCGGCUCGUCCCGCUGCGCCGCGCCGGUCCGGGACCGUUUUUACCUCACUCACAUCACACUUUGCACUGUACAUUUAUUAUUAUUAUGAAUGAUUAAUUAUUAUGUUUGACCUCGUGUUACCUCCAGACAGACGCACGGACGCCCGCCGAUGCGCGCUGUAGUGAAACCCCCCCUCCGGUGCACUCUCUAAAGGCAAAAAACCAUUGAUGAAUUGGGAUUUUCAGGAGAUCUAUUAUCCAUUUAGAUCCUUGUUUAGAACCUUUUCCCCCAUGCCCAAUCCCUUUUCUUUUUUGAGGACUCACUAUAUGGGAUUUUAAGAGGUUGUUGUUUGAUUGUUUCAUUGUAAAUAGCUUCUAUUUUAUUCUCAGAAAGAAGAAUCAAACUUUAACAUGCAAAAUGAUAUAUAUUAGUGGUCAUCAGGGAAACAGGAGCUUGGAAAACUGGGAAAUCUGUAGUGGAAACUGGGAAAGCUUUAGAGGAAAGCCUGAUUUGUAUUCCUUCCCCCAUUAUACUACUGUGGAAAGCCCAUUUGGGCAUCUUUUCCUCCCCGAAACAAGCAGCGUGGUGAGAGCAGAAGCCAGGAGAUGUGUGGCGGGGGUCGGGGGAUUGGCUUAAAUAGCCAGUUAGCAUCGGGAUGCAGGAGCUUGUAUCCAUGAUGGGGAUGCUCAAGGACCGGGGAGCUGUGGGAUGCUCCGGUCCUUUGGGAUCUCCAGAGCAUCCCCCAGCCCUAAGGAUGGAUUUGAAGCAUCUUUCUCUCCCCAUCCUGCCACAUUGAGGAUUUUCCCACUUUUUUAACCUUUCCUUAGCCCCCCCCCCCCCCAUCCCAAAACAUCUGCGUGAGACACAAUCACGACCCGAUACCGAAACCCCCCUAUUUGCCCCAAUUCGGUAUCUCAAGGCCUCAGGUUCCCACCUCAAGCACAGGGUGGGUUGUUUCCCCCCCCCCC